AGCAAAUCAACACAAACCAUCUCAUACCGCGUUUUGAGGGAAAAAGACAAACAAUGUUGUUGUUUUUUUAUUUAUAGUAACAAGUGCUGUUGAGUUCUGACAGAGCCUCAAUUUCUCCACCAUCGGCCAUCUGACUGCACCAAACUAUAAAAGUGUCGCUCUGUUUAAAAAUAGGACCAGGAGAAAUUAGUUUCGGGUGGUAAUAUGAGGCAACAGGUGCAAAGUGAUGACUUGAACCAAAGAGACCUCUAAUCGCUGAGAGAUACACAUGCACAUAAACAUUUGCAACAGGUGAUGUGACCUGCUGGGACAAUGUCACAAUAGCUGGCACAAUGUGAACGUUAUGUGAGAUCGGGAAAUAAGAGGUGCCAUGUGCUGUUCUUGACCGCUAUUGGCUACGUUGGACUCCUGUGUUCAGCUGAUAGUAUUUUCUUAUCUCGAGCAGGGGUCUCCAACUUUUUUGAAACCGAAUGCUACUUCUUGGCCUCUGAUUAGUGCAGAGGGCUGACACACAUUUGAAACAAUAAAUCUUUUUGCUAUGACUAAUAACUGAUAUGAAGUUAUGCAAAGACAUUUGUCACGUUAUCGACAUAAUUAGGAAAUAGAUAAAUACUGUAUCACUAAUACAUCUCUGUCAAUGUACAGUGCAAUCUUAUUGCUUGUACAAGAAAAUCACUGGUGAGUUAUUUUGGGAACAGGCCCAUGUCCUACUUAUGUGAUCCUUGAGGCCUACCACGUGGGUGACCCCUGAUCUAAAGAGAACACUUGUUUUCCUUAACAUCCUCAUGUACUGUCAUCAUUCUUCUGAACCCCCUCUUUGCCAAUUUCUAUUUUUGCGUUCCUCUGAGAAAAUUCUCAGCUCUUUCUGUUGCACUAACAGCUUUAUUUUGCACCAAUGCUUUCCGUUCUAUUCCAGGUGGCUUUUUCUUUGCAAAGCCCAUGAGAGAGAACAAGUAUGUGACAAUGAUGGAUCCUUUCCAGAAGAAGUAUGGGAACUUUGUGAGCAAUGCUCUGAUCCUCCCUGCACUGAUCGCUGAUGUUCUGUGGGUGGCACGCACACUUGUCAGCCUGGGUGGAACUAUGAGUGUGAUCCUUGACCUUUCUUACGGCUACUCCAUUGUCAUCUCUGCCGUCGUUGCCAUUGCCUACACGCUCCUGGGAGGGCUUUACUCUGUGGCUUACACAGAUGUGAUCCAGCUCAUUCUCAUCUUUAUCAGCCUGUGGGUGUGCGUCCCUUUCCUGUUGACCAACCCUCACUCUGUGGACAUCUCGCUGACGGCCUACAACCAGACCUUCCAGGCUCCCUGGGUUGGCACGGUGGAGCUUGAUCGAGCCGGCAAGUGGUUUGACGACUUCAUGCUGCUGGCUCUCGGCGGUCUAGCCUACCAAGCGUUCUACCAGAGGAUCCUGUCGGCCUCAUCUUACACCCAGGCUCAAAUGACCUGCUUUGCCUCUGCUGCCUUCUGCCUGGUGCUGGGUAUCCCCUCAGUGCUGGUGGGAGCUGUGGCUGCAUCGACUGAUUGGAACUCGACAAUCUAUGGACUGCCAUCUCCAUAUGAGCGUGGCGAAGCAGGUUCCAUCCUCCCCAUCUCCCUGCAAUACUUCACGCCCAUGUACGUGUCUAUCAUCGGGAUCGGAGCUGUAGCCGCCGCUGUCAUGUCCUCCAUGGACUCAGCCCUGCUGUCCUCUGCGUCACUAUUCUCCUCCAAUAUCUACAAGAACAUCAUCCGGAAGCAGGCAUCGGACCGCGAGAUGCAGUGGGUGAUCCGGAUCUCGGUGGUGGUUGUCGGUCUGGCUGGCACUGGCCUCACCUUCUUGGACAGCAGUGUGCUCGUCUUCUGGCUGGUGGGCGUAGACAUGUCCUACACCAUCAUGUUCCCUCAGCUGGUCUGCGUGCUCUUCUUCAAGGCGUCAAAUGCUUACGGGGCCAUCGUGGGCUUCCUUAUGGGAAUCAUCUUGAGAAUCCUGAGCGGCGAGCCCCUCAUCGGCCUGCCGCCCAUCCUCCGCUUCCCCAACUGCCGGCUGGAUGCUGAAGGCAAGCUUACUCAGUUCUUCCCCUUUCGUACUACGAUCAUGCUCCUCUCGCUGCUCACCAUCAUGGUCGUGUCUUGGCUGAUGAUAUUGGUUUUCGACAACGAUCUUUUGCCGGAAAAUUGGGAUGUGUACAAGGCCAAACGCAAGCAAAGCAAGCCUCUAGAAGAGAGGCCCACCGAAGACAACGAAGAACUUGCCGUAUCCAAGCAGCUACUGGACACCACCAGCUGCUGAAGGGCCUUUAAGGCAAAGAAAUGGGCCGUGACGGGAGGCAGACAAGCUUGUCUGCUCGACGGGGUUUGCCGAUGGCCAUUAAGCAGCUGAGGUUUAACAGUGUUAAUGGAAUCUGGACAGAAUCUGAUUUUGUAUCACAUACUGAACAGCCCAAAAUUGGAAACCCCUAGCACCCGUCUUUAAUAUCAGCUUCCUUCUACAAUCAAACAGUACGAAAUGUCAACUUAGCUUGUGUAUGAUAGUUACCCAUUAACCAGUGUAGCAUAUAAGGUUAUUCAUUAAAAAAAUCCAAUUACUGAGCCUUGUUGUCAGCUAAUCACACAUCUCUACAAUGGACAGAAGGAGCACAGCCUUUAAAAAGCAUUUCCAUUUGGAAAAGAAAGAAGUAUGGAGUUUAUUAAUUGUUUUGUUUCGUUGAUUUGUGUUAUGUACAGAUUUAUAAAAAUAUAUUUUAUCACGCUAGCAAAAGUAUAUUGUUUGUUUUUGGAUGCAAAUGUGGUCCCUUGACUAAAACGCGCCUGCAACACUUUUUGGUUCUCUGCACAAAUGUUCAGUCCAACUGGAGAAAGUAGUUAGCAAGUCCUUUAUAGCUGAUGUGUUGCAAUUCGCCAGGCUUGUGCAGAUUGUUUUACUUGCAACAUACAGUCCAAAUUGUCACUUUAGAAACAACGGCAAAAGGCAAUCAUUUUUUAAUUACUCCCAUUCAGUACAGUUAAGUUGUAGUAUUGAUUACACUUGUAUUUGCAUCAAUGCCCCUAACCAGUUCAUGUAUGUUUGCAUGAUUGCACAUCUUGUGAGCAACUUUAUCAAUGUUUCAAUGUGUUGCAUUGUAGCCAUGCCCGUAUAAAACAGAAAGGUGUACUGAUUUGAAAAUAAACUCAAGUGUCAACUGUUGUUCUUUAUUCACGCACAAUCAGUUACUGUAUGUGAACAUGCCCAUAAUGUGAAUACAAACACCUCAAGCAGGACUGUCAACAGAGGCAAGCCAGUUAAAAACUUUCCAUUGUAUUCUUUUUGACAAUGCUGUGACAAUGAGGGG